AAGAAGAGACGAGCACCGAGCUGCUGUUUCUAAACCGAAGAGAGAGCAUGCAGAAAACACAGAAACCUGUAAAGACAGAAGAUCACAGAGACAGCACGAGAGCUCCAGAACCCCACGAAGAAAGAGAGGUGACUGAAGAAAACGAGAAUGUAGAACUGAGUGAAGCUGAGGGUAGAAGAACUCGCUCUCAAACAAAACAGAAAGUUUUAAAGAAAGGAAUAGGCAGGAAAUCUUUCACCUGCACUCAGUGUAAAAAGACUUUUACAUGCAAAUAUAGUCUUGAUGUUCACGUGAGAAUGCACACCGGAGAGAAACCAUAUAAGUGUUCACACUGUGACAAGAGAUUCAGUCAUUCAGGAGAUCUGAAAAGACACGAGAGGAUCCACACCGGAGAGAAACCGUACUCAUGCUGUCUCUGCGGGAGGAGUUUCACACUAAAAAGAGCCCUUACACAGCACAUGAGAGUUCAUACCGGAGAGAAACCGUUCACUUGUGAUCAAUGUGGAAAGAGUUUCACACAGUCAUCAAGCCUUAAAGAUCACAGGAACAUCCACACCGGAGAAAAACCGUAUUCGUGUGACCAAUGCGACAAAACGUUUACGUGGGCCUCGGUCCUGAAGAAACACCUGAAUGUUCACACAAAGGAGAAGCCGCAUUCGUGUCAUUUGUGUGGAAAGACCUUUUCAUAUAAACAAAAUCUGAGAGAACAUCAGAAAACACAUACCGGUGUGAGAGAGCACAUGUGCUUUGAGUGCGACAAGACUUUUACUUCAGCGAAGUAUUUAAAAUUGCACGAGAGGAUCCACACCGGAGAGAAACCUUACAAGUGUUCACGCUGCGACAAGAGAUUCAUCCACUCGUCAAAUCUGAAAACGCAUGAGAUGAUUCAUUCAGGAGAGAAACCGUACGCUUGUGGUCAGUGCGGGAAGAGCUUCACACUAUCAGCGAGGCUUAAGGCCCACAUGAGCAUCCACACCGGAGAGAAACCGUUCUCGUGUGAUCAGUGCGGGAAGGGUUUCGGACGAAAAGCAAGCCUUACGGCACAUAUGAGAGUCCACACCGGAGAGAGUCUGUUUCUUUGUGAUCGCUGCGGGAAGAGUUUUGCGCACUCGGCGAACCUUAAUGACCACAUGAACAUCCACACCGGAGAGAAACUGUACGCAUGUGAGCGAUGCGACAGAACGUUCUUGUGGGCUUCGGUCUUAAAGAAACACCUGAGGGUUCAUACAAAGGAGAAGCCAUAUACUUGUCAGUUGUGUGGAAAGGGUUUUUCACAGCUACCAAAUUUAAAAGUGCAUCAGAAAAGGCAUACCGGUGCGAGAGAGUACAUGUGCUUUGAUUGUGAAAAGACUUUUACUACAUUCAUGUGUUUAAAACGGCACCAGAUGACUCACUCCGGAGAGAAACCUUACAAGUGUUCACACUGCGACAAGAGAUUAACUGAUUCAGGAGACCUGAAAAGACACGAGAGGGUCCACACCGGAGAGAAACCUUACGAGUGUUCACGCUGUGACAAGAGAUUCAGUGAUUCAGGACAGCUGAAAAGACACGAGAGGAUCCACACCGGAGAGAAACCGUAUCACUGCACCGCGUGUGGGAAGCGUUUCAAUCAUUUAUCUUCUCUAUACAAUCAUACAAAAAACAUUCACAGUGAGAUCUGAUGCUGCAUCCUCAUAAAAUGUGGCACUAUAAUGCAUCAAGCAAUAAAAUAUCAUCUGGGUAUCCGUCCAUCCAGUAGUGACUUGACAAAGAAAUAUCAUUAAGCAUUCAAAGUGAACAAAGUUAAUUUUUUAUUGUCAAAACCAGAAGAUUCAACUCAAAGAUUGACCUCCGACUCAAAGAACUGUCAAACAUUUUUAUUAUUGUGCUUUCUUGUCUGGCAUUGCAUACGUGUAGCUUGUAGUAAAAAAAGAAGCUUAUUAAAACAUGUUCUUGUUCAAGAAGCUGAAGAAGAGAAGCUGGGUUUUAAUUUUAAUUUGAUCUUCACUGUUGUUUUUUUAAAUAACUGAGCUAUUCGUGUAUUCAGCAAUCACAGAUGCAAGAUAUACUGUCAUGCAGCAUUGUAAUCAUUUGUUUGCAAUCCAAAAGCAAGACCUCUCUUUUAUUUCGUCCAUUCAAUAUUGUUUUUGAUUGAUUUUGACUUCCAAGGAUAAUAAAUAACAAGAUGU